AUGGGGCCCGGGUGCGCGGUCACCCGAGAAGACCCUCUCCCACCGGGGCGCCUGUGUCCGCGGCCGCCCUACGCCUUUGAGCGUGACCCUGGAGGCAAACGGAUCGAACAGGGCAUCCGGCAUUUCCACGACUCCGUGAAGCUGAUCAAGUUCGCGGACGACACCACCCUCAUUGGACUCAUCUCCAACAACGAUGAGUCCGCCUACAGGAGGGAGGUGGACCGGCUGGUGUCCUGGUGCAGUGGUAACAACCUGGAGCUGAACGCCCAGAAGACAGUGGAGAUGAUUGUGGACUUCAGGAAGAGCACUGUUCCCCCACCCCCACCCUCCGUGAUGGACUCCCCCAUCACCUCUGUGGAGUCCUUCCGUUUCCUGGGCACCACCAUCACCCAGGACCUCAAGUGGGAGCCGACCAUCAGCUCCCUCAUCAAGAAGGCCCAGCAGAGGAUGUACUUCCUGCGGCAGCUCAGGAAAGCCAAGCUGCCUGCACAGAUGUUGGUGCAGUUCUACACGGCCAUCAUCGAGUCCAUCCUCACCUCCUCAGUCACCGUGUGGUUCGCUGGAGCCACAGUCAGGGACAAACAGAGACUACAGCGCAUUGUGCGCUCUGCAGAGGAAGUGAUCGGCCGCAGCCUUCCAUCGCUGCAGGACCUCCAUUUCCUCCUCCUGCCCCUCCCCAUGCCCAGGAGAAAGGCCCAAGAGCUGCCUACCAACCCCCUCAUCUGCUCCAUGGGUCUUUUUUGGAGACCUGGGACCAUCAACAUGACAAAGGCAGGGAGCAGCAGAGCUUUUCGAAGGCAGAUCCUGUGUUUGUUAAGUGUCUAUGGGCCCUGGAGAGCUGGAGAGAGGCUGGAGAGGGCCGGGGGGUGGUCCGAAGAAUGGACGCAGGGCUUUGAUCACACAAUGGACACAGGGGCUCACUCUGUUUUGGUAUGA